UAGAUAUAUAUAGAUAUAGAAAAAUCUCGUAUUGCUCCCCCUCUUUGUCGCAUAAUAAUUCCGGUACUUCAUUGUCGAGGUGAAAACCAAUCAAAGCAUGGAGCACAGCUUUUGGCAGCUGGGUGACGAGCUGCGAGGGCAGUCUAAAGUUUCCGAGGAUCAAAAAUGGUUGGUGGCAGCUUCAAGGUUGGCCGAGCAGACGAGGUCAAAGCCCGAGCGGAGGAUCAAUCUAGAUCUCUCAAAGGGUGCUGCUGAAUUCAGGCCCCGGGUCACUUCUGGUUUUCAGGAAGAUAACAAGUUCGAGAGUUUCAAUUUCAACAUGAUGAACUUGGAGCCAAGGUUGAAUCUGAAUGAGAACGUGACGAAAGCUUCCUUCGGCAAUGGCAUCUACAACAUGAAUGCUGUUUAUCAGAAUCCCAACAUCAGCACUAUGGGGAACAUCUCUGGAAGCAAAUAUAACAAUAUCAAUCCCCUGAAAGAGCCUAAUAACAGCCAUAUCAACAACCAUAAUGCCAAGGAUGAUGCCAUGAAUUCCAACGGCGCUGCUGACAAAAGGUUCAAAACACUCCCUGCUGCGGAGACUCUCCCUAGGAAUGAAGUGCUUGGUGGAUACAUCUUUGUAUGCAAUAAUGAUACGAUGCAGGAGGAUCUGAAGCGACAGCUGUUUGGUUUGCCUCCUAGAUAUAGGGAUUCUGUGAGGGCAAUAACACCGGGUUUACCUUUAUUCCUCUACAACUACACCACUCACCAGUUGCAUGGUAUCUUUGAGGCAACAACCUUUGGAGGUUCCAACAUAGAUCCUACUGCUUGGGAAGAUAAAAAGUGCAGAGGUGAAUCAAGGUUCCCUGCUCAGGUGAGAGUUCGAGCCAGGAAACUCUGCAACCCUCUGGACGAAGAUGCUUUCAGGCCCGUCUUGCAUCACUAUGAUGGCCCUAAGUUUCGCCUGGAGCUAUCCAUUGCUGAGACCUUGGACUUGCUUGAUCUCUGUGAACAAGCUGGCGCAUAAAAUAUGGUUGGCAACAUUACUAAGACCGGCAUAAACAAAUUGUAGUGAUGUGUGUUCAUGCCGUGGUGUUUGCUCAGUCGAGUAUUGUUGUGAGUAGAAUCGGCUUUGUAUGUGGCCAAAUAAAUUUAGUGUUUGUUUGUGAAGAUGCACGUAGAUUCAGUAUCACUUGCACUUGUAAUAUUUACAGAGGUCUAUAUGUAAGAAGAAAGGAGGCUGCACUAAUGGCCGCCUAUAUAUAUGUUAUAAAUAUGUUCCUCUGUCGUGCCAAA